CUAACUAUUCACUACCAUCUCCCUCCGUAUGAUUAUUUUUUGCAAGUGAAUAGGCCCACUACGGCGGCCUGCAGCGACCAACAGCGCCGCCGACAAAAUCCAUCGAGACCUUCUCCUCACCAGGCGUUGAACCUCACCGCCCUGCUUCAGCCUGCAAUCCCCCCCCGGCAAAGCAGCGUGUCAUGUCGUCGUCGCAGACCAUGACAGCGCCAGCGGUGGGCCAUCGACCUCCUGAUCCUGGCCCAGACAUGUCCAUGUACGACUAUGGCGGUCUCCAGCCUGACGACGACCGAGCCUCCCCGCGCAGCACCUCCGCAAUCCGCGACCUGCAUAAUUCUGCCUCGGACCUGCCGGCCACGCCCCCCCGCUGUUUUCGCGAGAUUCCCGGCAUGGUGGACGUUAAGACCGAGCCUAGAGACGAUGGGAACAUGGGGGCCUCUGGUGGCCGUCGGGACGACGCCUCCAGGCAGUCCGCUGCCAGUGCGUUGCUGGCCCAACUCCUCGGGAACCACCCGUCCGACGACGGGCCGGCAGCCCCUGCAGACGGUUCCGGCAUCAAACAACUAGAAGACGCCCCCCAUCUACCGGAGAAUCCCGCUUCUCUGAACGACGACUGUCUCAUGGUUGAUCACAGGCCUGCGGCGGAGUGGGAACAACCGGGCGAGCCCCCGAACCAGCAUCAACCGACCUCGACCGUGCCUUACCAGGGCGGUCAGGAGGAGGAGAAAAGGAUCGAAGACGGCCUGUUUGACGGCCAAAACGACCAGGAAAGUGGAAGCCAUGAUGUUUCCAAGGCAUUGGAGUCCAGUGUUGCCGCCCUCGAGGACCCGUUGAUGGCUAAAACAACCCACCUCGAGGACUCGGAUAUUUUUGCCUCGUUCGACCUCACCCAGGCCCCGCGAGGUUCGCUGGCCGAACUCCAGCAGAAUGAUCUACUGACAGCGGCGUAUCUGUCCCAGAGUGCGGACCUGUCCGCGUUGGGGUAUUCCCACGGCCAGCUGGUCCAUGAUGGAGCCUCGUCGAUUGCAGGCUCCGAGCCUCGCAUCCAAGCGUUCGCCAAGCUCGAGUUCGACGACGGCCAUUUCUACGUCAACACCUACUCCUUCAUCCUGGGGCGUGAUGUUCGCGCCGCCCGCGCAGCGCAUCAGCGCGAGGCACAUGCCCGCCAGGCGAUCCGCCACUCGCGGGCCAUGAGCUCCAGCGGCGGCAACACGUCCCAUACCCCGAUCCGGGUGAAGCGCGAGGAAAGCGCCCUCAUUGGCAGCGUUGUUAGUGACCGUGGGGGUAUCAUGGGCUUUGAUCCCGAUGUCCCUACGCACUUACCCCCAAAGCUCAGCCGGAGAUCUUCCAACUCAUCCUUUGCAGAGGCGCCCUUGCACGCCACUCCGGCUCAACUGCAAUCCACUGACUACAAUGCCCUCGCUAUGCAGUCUCUCAAUGAUAGCAGCAGGGAUGCCAAGCCCGUCGAUACGCUGGCCUUGCUUCCGUCUCCCGACGCCUGUCCCACGAUUCCCAUCCAUCCGCCCGCAACGUUGGACGGGAGCGCUGCGGGACAUCGGGGCAUCUCUCGUAAACACGUCAGGAUCUGCUACAACUUCGAUAAGAACCUGUUCGAGAUGGAGGUUAUGGGGCGAAACGGUGCUUUUAUUGGUGCUGAUUGGUUAUCGCCGGGCCAGAUCAGACCUCUACACAGUGGUGACUACAUCCAGAUCGGAGGCGUGCGCAUUCGGUUCUUACUCCCAGAUGUCCCCAUCGGUGAGACGGGUGCCGACCGAAUGGAAGAAUCAUUCUUGGGAGACGAGACCGAUGGGAACAACGCUCAAUCGUCUGUGGGGGCCGAGUACCAGCAAGGUAGCGGUGCCGAACGUGUUUCACAAGGACCAGAGAACAAGGACUCCCCUUCGUCAAAGCCCAACAACGGCAACAACAACAACAACAAACUCAUUUUGAAAUCCCCCAGCAAGGAAUCUGACCAGACAAACCCGCUGUUGCCAUCCAUUGAACUCCUGGAGAAUAAUGGCCAGCAACCGGCGCGUCGUCGGGGACCCGGAAGACCACCAAAGGAUGGCAUCAUGUCGAAACGUGAACGCGCCGAGCUUGCCAGAGAACAGAAACUCGCCGCCAGGCGCGAGGCCAACGGUGGUGUCACUCCGCCACCAUCCAACAGGUCCAAGGCUGGUAGACCUCCCAAGGACCCAUCGGUUCCUGAAGGAAGCGGGUCGCCGACAAACAAGCCAGAGAAGCGGAAAUAUACCAAGCGGAAGCGUCCUGAUGGCACGUUGAUGGAUAUCCCUCUCCCAUCGAUGGAAGGCGGCGGUGCCAUGCCGAUGCCUUUGGACCCCCAAUUGCAGCAGCAACAACAACAACAACAUCAUCAACAACAACAUCAUCAACAGCAACAGCAACAACUGCACCACCAACAACGGCCGGAGGAGUACAUCAAGGCCCCGCCGGUCAAAAAGCGCAAGCCUUCUCGUUCUCCGUCGCCCAACUAUCCACCGGAAUCCGCUUACACGCCAGAGGACCUUUCCAAACCACCGUAUAACUAUGCGGUGCUCAUCUUCGAUGCACUGACCGAAGCGGGGAACCCUAUGACACUCAAGCAGAUCUACCGUGCCCUGAAGCUCAAAUAUCCCUAUUUCCGCUUCAAGUGUGAGACGGAAGGAUGGACGUCCAGUGUCCGGCACAACCUCAACGGGAACAACCAUCUGUUCAUGCAUGCCGAGCGAGACGGCAAAGGAUGGUCCUGGCAGCUUCGACCGGGUGCUUCUGUCGAGAAGGAGAAGAAGAGACGGCCGUCGCCGCCUCCAUCGACUCAGACAUCGGCGGCCACGACCUCGACACCGCACUACAUGCCCCAGAUGUCGCAUCCUUACAACCCUCCCGCUCCCGCCCCUCUAGGCAUGCCGCCGGCUCAUGUGGCCAGCCAGAACUUCCAGUUUCCCCCGUACAUUGUGCCCCCCGCCCCGGCGGCUCCUAACCAGAAUCCCACCCCGACACCUGCGCCUCCUCCUGCUCCUCCCGCAUCAUCUGCACAUGCGCAUACCCCUACGCCUGCACCUGCACCUCCACAACCCCAACAACAGGCAGUUCCUGUUCCUCCUCCUUCUCUCCCGCCAAAUUCCUUCCCUCCUCCGCCUGCAUCAUUUGCAAUCCCCAGCCCGAUCCGAAACAACCUUCCUCCAGCCUUUGCGCAAACCAUCCCGUCCACCUACACCUCGCCCUAUGCUUCGGAUCCUCCGCCCCAGCUUGCCCAGUUUCAACAGUCCCAACAGCAACAACAACACCAACCGCUCUCUGCCUUGCCGACGCCGCAGUUCCAGUCUCCCUAUGCUCCAACUCCAGCUCUACCGCCGCAACAGCAGCAGCAGCAGCAGCAGCAGUACCCGCCGCAUCCAUCGCACACCAACGUGAACAUGCAGCCUCCUCGCGCUCCCGCACCGGGCCACGGAGGUGGUCCUCCUCCUCCUCCUCCUCCUCCGGCGCUACAGAGCUCUAACCCGGCCAACCCGAUGGCCGCGCCAACCGACAGCUCAGACGCGUCCUCGUUCAACGAGCGGGCCAGCAAAGCCAUUGAUGACUUCGAGGCGGUGCUCAUGGAGGACUACGAGGACAAGAACUAUAUCCGCGAGGUGCUCAAGAGUGCGCGGGCCCGCGUGCUGGGCGACGCCAAAGAGAGCUCGUUUCCGGGCGGGGAGCCGAAAGACGAAGCCGUCAUUCUGGAUGCGCUGAGGAACCUGAUUGGAAGUCUCAAGGAAGGAUGAUUCUUUUCUUUUUUUCUUCUUUCUUUCCUCUUCUUUCUUCCCCUAACUGUUAGGGCUCCUUGAGGUUUUUAUUUCCUCAUGAUUUAACGAAUGGGCAUGCUGGAGGUGUCGGGUUGCUUUCUCCCUCACGACGUAUCGGACAGUAUACGAUCUUCUUGAGUUUUCAUUCUAUGAUAUCCACUGUUGUUUGAUUCUGCGGUUUUCUACGCAUUGGGCAGGAACUUGGGCCAGAGUAACUCUUUGUUUACUUUCCUGGCUUUGAUUGAUAUUGACUAGGUUAGUUUUUUUUUUUUUUUCUUAAAAAAAGUAGACAGAAUAGACAAGACCGCUAUUUAGUAUAUCUACUGUAGUACUA